AUGGCCACCCUCCAAUCGAUACCGCGCUUCCUCCUUCCCCGGGGCCCGCUGCUCCUGCGACCUCAAGCCCGCGCCUUCCUCCCACUGCCCUCACCCACCAGUGUCCGCCAUGCCUCCAUUACCCCCAAGGGCCUGUCAGAAGAGUUCCGGAGACGGCGAGAAGCACAGCAGCAGAGGGGAGCGCCCGUAAUACCGCAGCCCGACAAGUACCGACCGCCAUCACACAGCAAGCGAGCCCCGAACCGGAAUCUGGAGAACAAGAUCUAUGGCGCGCCCGUAUCGGAAGAAGACAAGAAGCGCAUGGCAUCCAAGAAAUACCCCAAUAUGAUGAGUCCAGAGGGCACCUUCUCACAUUGGUUCCUCCACAACCGGGCAAUUCAUCUGUGGAUCACAAUGGGCAUACUCGUCUCCCUCGCCAUAGCCGCAUGGUACAUGGACUUCAUCUCCAAGACCGUCUUCGGCCACUUGCUUCCUACACGCAAAGACUUUGUCCGCCACCCCUUCGAAUCCACCUCGCGCUUCAUUGAAGUCUACAAGAUGCACAUGGCGCAGACGUCGCAGCAGUACCAGCAGCAGAGGCUGCAGAAGGCCGAAGAGGUUGAGAAGAGGAAGCAGUUCCGAUUGGAGAGAAAGAGGGAGGCUGAGGAGAGGGGCGAGGAAUAUGUCGAGGACCCGAGGUAUUACGUUGGUGAGGAUGGUAUCAGGAGAAGGAGGGUGAAGAAGUGGUUUGGCAUCUGGGAGUGA